GAUUCCUGCCCAUGGCUAACCGAAGCUAACCGGCUAAUCUCCCGAGCAACGCAGUUGUGGCUGCACUUGUCCGUGUGCGUGCUCCUGUCUGUUUGCUGCUAGCGCCACAGACACUUUCUAAUACUCCGCCAGUGACAGAAGCGACAGAAACACGGACUCGUUAAACACGCUGGAUGUGCGGGCACUGUUGCUUCCUCUCAGGAUGCUAGCACACAGGCGAGCCAGCUAGCUAGCUAGCCGAGACCCUCCGAAGCGGCCAAAUAGCAGCCCGUCCGGAUGCUUUGAGCAGCGACGCAGCGGAUUUUCGGGGAGUUUCUCGGCGGGCCUUUGCGUGAUGUCAAGCGGCCGGCCACAGCAGAGCCCUGGCGGUGCGAGCUCCGUGCCCAGCACCAGCAGCAGCAGCACCGGAGGCAGCGGGAACACGAACGGUGCAACGACAAGCAACGGCAACAACUCUGGGAAUGUUGUGCCCGUCCGGACCCUGUCAGCAGCCGGCGAGGGCGUCCUGGCGGUGCCCACUUUGGCCGCCGUGCCUUCGUCCCGGGGCACGUUCGCAUCCCUGAGCAGACCCACUGCGUCCUCAGGCAGCAGAAAGAAAACCCUCCACCAAGCACCUUUAUACAACGGCCUCCUGAAUUCAUACGAGGAUAAAAGCAACGAUUUUGUCUGUCCCAUUUGCUUCGAGAUGAUAGAGGAGGCACACAUGACAAAGUGUGGCCACAGUUUCUGUUUCAAGUGUAUCCGCCAGAGCCUCGAGGAUAGCAACAGAUGUCCCAAGUGUAACUAUGUUGUGGAUAAUGUAGAUCAGCUUUACCCAAACUUUCUUGUAAACGAACUGAUCCUCAAACAGAAGCAAAGGGCAGAUGAAAAGAGACUAAAAUUGGAUCAUCCUAACGGGUCUAGGUGGCAGGUCUUCCAGGAUGUGUUGAGUCCUGACCAAGAGAACUUGGACUUAGCAAAUGUCAACCUGAUGCUGGAACUGCUGGUUCAGAAGAAGAAGCAGCUGGAGGCAGAAUCUCAAGCAGCACAGAGACAGAUCCUUAGGGAGUUCCUCAAAGAAGCCAGAAGAAACAAGAGAGAGCAACUGGAGCAGCUACAGAAAGAGCUCAACUUUCUUGAAGAAGACAUAAAGCGUGUUGAGGAAAUGAGCGGCAUGUACUCUCCAAUGAUGGAGGCAGAGUGCACGGUGCCUAAUGUGGAGGCUCCCUCACCAGCACCCAGCUGCAGUAGUAUUAUUGAGCCACCAGAUUACAUCCAGCCUCCCGGAUUUGGUGGAACAACCCAGGGAAAACGACAGACCUGGUAUAACAGCACCCUGGCGUCCAGAAGAAAGAGGCUGACGGCUCACUUUGAGGAUCUAGAACAGUGCUACUUCUCCAACAAAAUGUCUCGCAUCACAGAUGAAGGCAGGAACCUCAACCAACUGGAUGAUUUCAUGGAGUGUUUAUCCAAGUUCACCCGUUACAACUCUGUGCGGCCGCUCGCCACCCUCUCCUACGCCAGUGACCUUUAUAAUGGCUCCAGUAUAGUCUCCAGUAUUGAGUUUGACCGUGACUGUGACUACUUUGCCAUUGCUGGUGUGACCAAGAAGAUCAAGGUAUUUGAGUACGGCACUGUGAUCCAGGACGCAGUGGACAUCCACUACCCUGUCAACGAAAUGACCUGCAAUUCCAAAAUCAGCUGUAUCAGCUGGAGCAGUUAUCACAAGAACCUUCUGGCCAGCAGUGACUAUGAGGGGACUGUCAUCCUGUGGGAUGGAUUCACCGGCCAGAGGUCCAAAGUUUAUCAGGAACAUGAAAAGAGGUGUUGGAGUGUUGACUUCAAUCUGAUGGACCCCAAGCUCUUAGCCUCUGGUUCUGAUGAUGCUAAAGUGAAGUUAUGGUCAACCAAUCUUGAUAACUCAGUGGCUAGCAUCGAGGCCAAGGCCAACGUCUGCUGCGUUAAAUUCAGUCCAACCUCCAGAUAUCAUCUGGCCUUUGGCUGUGCAGAUCACUGUGUCCACUACUAUGAUCUACGCAACACUAAGCAACCAAUCAUGGUGUUCAAAGGUCACAGGAAGGCUGUGUCCUACGCCAAGUUUGUCAACGGAGAGGAAAUUGUUUCUGCUUCGACAGACAGUCAGCUGAAGCUGUGGAACGUCAACAAAACCCACUGUCUGCGCUCCUUCAAGGGUCACAUCAAUGAGAAGAACUUUGUAGGCCUCGCUUCCAAUGGAGACUAUGUUGCCUGCGGAAGUGAGAACAACUCCCUUUACCUUUACUACAAAGGACUAUCCAAGACUUUGUUAACAUUCAAGUUUGACACAGUAAAGAGUGUCCUGGACAAGGACAAGAAGGAAGACGACACAAACGAGUUCGUUAGUGCCGUCUGUUGGAGGGCCCUGCCUGACGGAGAGUCAAAUGUGCUGAUUGCUGCAAACAGUCAAGGAACAAUCAAGGUACUCGAGCUCGUCUGAACACCAACCGUGUCUUCAGUGGUCGAUAGAAAUACCAUCAGCCUUUCUCUGAUCGGUAGAGGAUCAGUCUGACGCAGGGAGACCUCAAGCUGCCUGCUGACUUAGGAUGCCCUGCCACAACCUGGCUGAAAUAAACUGUACCCUUCUUAUUUUAGCGAGCUUCACUUUGAUGGGCAUCAGUAAAAGACUUUGGACGAGUGCAUCAGUAUAGCAGGAGAUGAUGUGCAGACAUUUUACAGCGACAAAACAAGGAUGGAGCUUGGGCACAAAAUGGAACAAGAACACUUCAGAAAGCAUUUUUCCGGCUACAAUAAAACACCUCUUAAUGGUUUUAGGUCAAAUGAAAACAUGUACCUUUUUUAAUUAAGCUGUUUUUGAAGGUACAUCCAGCCAAACUCUACUAGUGCGAUGCAUUCUCCCUUUUAAAGGCCAAAGCACAAGACAAAAUGACAUGCAAAAAUGAUGUUUUCAUGUGGAGCUUUUAAAACCCCCAUUGUUUGUCGAUCUCCAGUUUCCCCUCUUUAUGUGUACUGUUGUUUUUCAGAUCGGGAGAACCCCGUUUUAAUAAAUAUGACUUGAACUUCA